CUGUAAAGAGGAGGGGGAGCAGGUAAUUUAAUUAACUGAAACACCUGUGUGAAGCAGGAAGUUGCAGGGGGAAGCUGAAUGCAGGUAGAGACGUUGAGUCCUGCAGCUCCUCUGUUACCGUCUGUGGCUUUAAAAAGGCAGCUGAGACAGACAACACGCCGGGCAGGAUGACCCUGAACGCAGGGGAGAGCGGAUACAGCAGCGUGACAGGUCCCGGGCUCUCGGCCAGUAUGGGAGCCUCAGAGUCAACCCCACUGCUUAUCCCGGAGCCCGAACCCGAGCCCGUCCAACAGUGGCAGCCUUUGACCAAGGAGGAGCUGGAGGCGGCCGCGGGGGGUCCGGGCUGGAGGAAGGUGCGUUGUUACCUGGUGCUGUUGUUCUGGCUAGCCUGGGUGGCCAUGCUCGCCACCUCCAUCGCCAUCAUAGUCAUGAGCCCCCGGCCGGUGGUGACGCAGCUCAGGUGGUGGCAGAAGGCGCUCUUUUACGAGCUGCCACCCGACCUGAUUAUGGAGAAACACACCGAGGGGUCAGGCGACAUCAAUGAUCUGUGCGAGCAGCUUCCCUACCUCAGGUCCCUGGGUAUCGGGGCCCUCAUCCUGGAGGGUCUGUUUGAUAAAGAAGCAUCUCCUCUGAACGUCACGGCAACUGAUGAAAGGUUAAGGACUUUGGCUCAGAUCCAGCAUGUGAUUGCAAAGAGUCACAAAGCAGGUCUCAAAGUGGUGUUGGACUUCUGUGAACUGGAUGUUGCAGGAAAUGCAAAGAAACCAUCGAACCUCUCAGCCACGGUACACGAUGUGCUCCGGUUCUGGUUGGAGCAGGGAGUAGCAGGCUUUGCAAUCUGCGACACAGAUGCAGCAUAUUCAGAAAAGACUCUGCUGGAAUGGAGAAGCGUCUUCAAGGAGUUCAGCAGUCAGGAGGACGAAAGGAUUCUGGUGGUGAAACAGACGCGAGACGUUCUGUCUCCUCUAAACAACAUUACCCUGGUGGAUGUGGUCAUGAGGUCAAUUCUGCCUUCUUCACAGCACCUCCUGUCUGCCAAGGAAGUUGCUGAUGCUAUAGAGGCACACCUGCAGACAAGAGAAGAAGAUAUAUGGCCCAGCUGGACAGUUGGAGGUAAAGCAUCUGAUGACUUGAAGAAAUUACUCCUGGUGUUGAUGAUGACUCUGCCAGGAUCGCCUGCUGUCAAGUAUGAUGAAGACAUCAACCAAACGCAGAACUUGUCUCUGACGGUCAGCUCGCCACAUGAGUCGCACACAGUGAGCAAUGCAGACAAGGGGAAGACGAAACGCUCAGCUGUAGCUCUCUUUAGUUCCCUCAGUUCCUCCAGAGCCAGAGAAGAAGCUCUUCUGUACGGCAGCUUCACGUUCCUCCCCUUCAAUUCCUCCUCCACCAACUCCUCCUCCAACUCCACCUUUAGCUCUCUGUCAUCUCUCCCAGUCCUGGCCUUCUUGCGCUCCUGGGGUUGUGUCCACUUCCUCGUCCUGCUCAACGUCGGGCCUGAAGUUCACUCCCUGAAUCCCGCCUGGGCCCCGAGUCUGCCAGAAGCCGGAGUGUUUGUGACCAGCACAGGAAUGGACCGCCUGGGGUCGAUGACUCUGAACACGUUGGAGCUGCGGCCCCACGAAGCCGUCGUCAUCAAACUGUUUGAGUCAGGAAGCUACUCGUAGAGCUCGUAAAUUUGAGUUUUCCUGCCACAGGAUGACAUGUCUGACCCAGUUUGUUUUUUAAAGUAUGUUAUGUGGUAUGUGCUCAGAGGUGGAAAUAAAAUGAUGGUUCU